GACGACCGGGACGGCGGACCGUGCAUUUGUACUUUUUUUGGGUUACUAGUGAAGGAGACAGCUGCUGUUUUCUCACGUUGGAGGUUGUUUCUUGCAAAUAUUAUCCAGAGAGACUUGUUUCCUACUUGGUCCAAACUCGAUGUGAGUGACUCCUGACUAUCAGUCUGCAACCCCGCCUGUGUGACUGCCGGCAUAAACAUACAGAAGCGUUUCCACCAAAAGCAGCAGCAUACGUUCUGCAAACUGUCAGCCGCUCGGAGAAACAAACAGCGAGGCAAACAACCUGCAGGGUAUUUAACCAGUUUGACCAACAGGCACCAAAAAGCCGAGAGAAGUUAGUCACACUGAAGGGCAGCCAUGUUGAUCAUCUUAGCCUUCAUCAUCCUCUUUCAUCUAGCUGCAGCCAUUCUGCUCUUUGUUGCCACCAUUCACAAUGCAUGGUGGGUGGUAUCAGCACCUGGCCGUGACGUAAUCUACAGUGACUUGUGGUACACCUGUAACUCCACCUGCAACCCGAUUGAGAACAGUCACACUAAAGAUGCAGCUUAUCUGCAGGCAGUCCAGGCUACCAUGAUCCUUGCCACCAUUUUAUGUUGCGUCAGUUUCUUCGUCUUCAUCCUACAGCUCUUCAGAAUCAAACAGGGAGAGCGAUUCAUUUUCACAGCCAUUAUCCAGAUCUUGGCCUCUGUAUGCGUGAUGAUUGCGGCGUCCAUAUACACGGCCGAGAACGCCAGCUUCCAUGUGGUUGGACUCAAGAAUGGCUCAUACGGCUCCUCUUAUAUUGUGGCAUGGAUCAGCUUCCCUAUGACUCUGAUCAGCGGCCUCAUGUACCUGGUGCUCAAGAAACGCAAAUAGACGCGAUAGGCUUUAAAUAAACAAUAUUCAAAUUCUAAAAAUGGGAACUUGAACAUAUGUGAGUACAAACAAACAAUUUUCCUCAUCAAAAAAUUCUCUUUUUAACCCUUAUUUUUAUUUUUUUAUUGGAAUCUGCUUCAAAUUCUGCAUAGUUUCAACUCAAAAGUGCAAAUCUAGACUAUUGACAAGAAAACAUUUAACAACACUUUUUUUUUUGUCCAUCUUACUCCUGACCUUGUUCUUGAUGGUACAUUGUUCUUACUGAAUGUGGCAAAGAUGGCUCUUGGUGCACAGUCCUUUUUUCUCCCCUUCUUUUAUGUAUGGUAGGCACUACGAUAUGUUUCUGGAAUCAUCUAAGGCGAGAAGUUCACUCUGAUUCGUAUCCUUACCUUUGCCAGCAUGGCACACUGUGUUGGUUAGCUCCAUUUACAUAAUGUCAAAUCAUCUCGAUGCAAAUGCACACCACAGGUGCCUUUGCUGCAUUCAUCACCCAGCCACUGCUCUGCAUAGUCGAGGCUCCGGAGGAUCCUUGCUGCAUUUUGUGAGAACUUACCUUCACUGUCCUCCUUUUCCCUCAGCAAAAACACAGGAUGUGAGCUCUGCUCCAACACACUGAUUUAUCUCCCCCUGUUGUGCCGCUGUCUCCUGCUUUCUACCAACUCCAGUCAUAGGACUGUUUCAAGCAAAAGGAUAAUAGCUGAAGAAAAAGGUUGGGAGUCUGACUGGGAGAUAUUGCCUGGACUUUCUAAAGGCUCGUUUUUUUUUUAUUUUUUAAAUCUUUUUUGUGAAGCUUUACUCAACAGACUUUACUUUGUACAUUUUUGCUGUGUAUGUAUAGUUGAGGUUAGACUUAAAUGAUAAAAUUAUAUAAUAAAAGACAAAUAAACAUAUUAACCACAGCAUUAGAAGUAUAGUGAAGAAGUAGUUUGAGAUACAUGUAGGAUUUUAACCUGUUAUGUUCUUAUGUUACUACUUGUGUUUUAAUGGUUAGAAAGGAACCAAUGAUUUGCUGUGAUGUUUGGGAUUUCAAAUGACAACAUAGAAAUGUGUAAACUUGAAAGAAGAAUGAACAUUUCUUUGUUAUUAUUACGCUUGUUUUGUUCACAGCUUCGCUGAAGCUAUUUAUUGUUUAAAACCACUGUUUUUUAUUAGAUUUUAGCAUCGUGUGACUGCCGAUGGAUGAAGUAAUUGCCACAUUUUUCCCUGUUUGGUCCAUUCCUGGAACAUUUCUAACAUUUCUAAGCACCUACAUGUGCUCCAGCAUUUAAUAAUUAGUUGGGUGUUAUAACUGCCACCAAUUCCUGUCAUUAUUUUUGAAAGAAUUGCAUUUGUAUUUGUUAUUGUGAUAUUUGUGGGUAUUGGUUUUAGGGUAAAGCAGUUUGCAAAACCA